CUCUGUAGUUCCUAGAGGAACGUUCUAGGUGGUUUUCUGAGUCCACUCUCUAUGUCCCCGCGCCACCGGACCGGGAGGGUGUCGCGUAUCUCCUUCCCUUAACCGAGAGGCCGUGGCGGCGGCGGGGGGCGGGGCGACUGAGCCGAUGGAGCCCGAGAUGGAGGCGGAGACGCUGGAGUCGCGGAUUAACAAGGCGACAAAUCCUCUGAACAAGGACCUCGAAUGGGACAGCAUCAAUGCUUUCUGUGAUCAGCUCAAUAAGGAGCUGGAAGGGCCACCACUUGCUACUCGGCUUCUAGCCCACAAGAUCCAGUCUCCACAAGAAUGGGAAGCCAUUCAGGCUCUCACGGUGUUGGAGGCUUGUAUGAAAAACUGUGGCAAGCGCUUCCACAAUGAGGUGGGAAAGUUCCGCUUCCUUAACGAGCUCAUCAAGGUGGUGUCACCUAAGUAUCUAGGAAGCAGGACAUCAGAGAAAGUGAAAUCUAAGAUCCUGGAGCUGAUGUAUAGCUGGAUGUUGGGGCUGCCACAUGAAGUAAAGAUUACGGAAGCCUAUAAGAUGCUGAAGAAACAAGGGAUUGUGAAGUGUGAUCCCAAACUGCCAGACGAUGCACCCUUUCCACUGCCUCCCCCUAGGCCAAAGAAUGUUAUCUUUGAUGAUGAAGAGAAGUCCAAGAUGCUGGCUCGCUUGCUCAAAAGCUCCCACCCUGAGGACCUCAGAGCUGCAAACAAGCUAAUCAAAGAGAUGGUUCAAGAGGACCAAAAACGAAUGGAGAAGAUCUCCAAGAGGGUGAAUGCCAUUGAGGAGGUGAACAACAAUGUGAAGCUGUUGACAGAGAUGGUGACCAACUAUAGCAAGGGGGAGACAACAGAGAGCAGUGAGGACCUUAUGAAGGAGCUGUACCAGCGUUGUGAACGCAUGAGACCCAUGCUUUUCCGGCUUGCCAGUGACACAGAGGACAAUGAUGAGGCUCUAGCGGAAAUUUUGCAAGCCAAUGACAACCUCACACAAGUGAUCAACCUAUACAAGCAGAUUGUGAAAGGAGAGGAGAUAAAUGGCGAGACUGUGGGUGGUUCCCUUCGAGGCAGCACUUCCGCUCUUUUGGACCUCUCAGGAUUGGACAUGCCAACUGCUGCUCCCUCCUAUCCAGCCAUACCAACUUUCUCAGGUGGCUCCAUAGCUCCUGUGCCAGAGCAAUCCAGCUCUGCGUCUUUGCUGGAUGAUGAGCUCAUGUCCUUAGGGCUUAAUGAUCCAGCACCUCCCUCAGCCCAGGGUAUGGAUAAUGGUGGUUGGAACAGUUUCCAGGUUGGUGAAUCUUCUGUUGGGGAAAAGGGGGAGGAGUGGAGCCUCAGUCAGACCAGAGCCAGAGAAGAAUCUUCGUUGCAGUCAUCCGGCAGCCCUGAAUUUGGCACUCCUUCCCUCCCCACGGGGAAAGCUGAUGCUGGACCACCUGCUCCAACACCUCCCACUACCACCAGUGGCCUGGAUGACCUGGACUUGCUGGGCAAGACUCUGUUGCAGCAGUCUCUACCACCAGAGUCUCAGCAAGUCAGAUGGGAGAAGCAGCCACCGCCUCGGUUAACAUUGCGUGACCUCCAAAACAAGAGUGGCUCCUGCCCGUCUGUGGCCCCCAACAGCACCCCACCCCUCUUCCCAAGUCUCUCCUCAAACCUUCCUGGAGCCCUGCCCCUACCCUCCGAGCAGCCAGCACCCGCUGUGGUCCCUCGAGCACCCCCUACACCUUCUGAAGCUGCACUUCCCACAGCAGGCCUUCCUGCUUCAAAACUCCCCCUGGAAAUCUCACUGACAAAUGUCACUGUGCCUCUGGAAUCCAUCAAACCAAGCAAUAUCCUUCCGGUGACAGUAUACGAUCAACAUGGGUUCCGUGUCCUCUUCCACUUUGCCAAGGACUCUUUGCCUGACCGGCCUGAUGUGCUGGUGGUGGUCAUCUCCAUGCUCAGUACAGCCCCUUUGCCCAUUAGGAACAUCGUCUUUCAGUCUGCUGUCCCAAAGGUGAUGAAGGUGAAACUGCAGCCUCCCUCUGGAACGGAGCUCCCAGCUUUCAACCCCAUUGUGCCCCCCACGGCAAUCACCCAGGUCCUCCUGCUCGCAAACCCACAGAAGGAGAAAGUGAGACUACGAUACAAGCUGACCUUCACCAUGGCAGAUCAGACCUACAAUGCAAUGGGAGAUGUGGACCAGUUCCCCCCUCCAGAGUCAUGGGGAAAUUUCUAAGGCUGCAGCUGGUGCGCUACAUCUGACCUCUAAGGAUUAUGCUCCCCCCACCACCAGACAAGAGCCUUCCCAGGGCUGGCUAGCCCUCAGACUCUGCUCUCAGACUAGAACGCUGGCCGUCAACAGUGUGCUUGUGUAGAGGAUGGCAGGCGAGGGGGGGUACCUGUUUGGGGGGUUGGUAGAGCUGGGAUGACUUACGUGAGUUGCUCUCUGUUCCUUCUGUCUUACUUUCUGAGCCCUCACCCUCCUCUGGCUCUUCCCAGUUGUGCUUUUCCUUUCAUGGAAAGAUGCUGAUGAUUAGCUGAGGCGGGCUCUGAGAAACCUGGCCACAGGGAUAGACUCUUUGGACCUCUUCUCUCUCUUGCUAAGGUUAUAUUGGGCCUUUACCCUUCAGUUCUUUUAGCACUCCAUGAGCAAACCUAAAGUGCGGGCGUCAGUGGGUCAGUGCCGGGGACCGAUGCCUCUUGGUAUGUUUCUCAGUGCCAGGGUACAAGGCUGGAUUGGUGGUUUGGGUGGGGCAAAAGGCCCUGCUGUUUUAUUAUAGGAAUUCCCACUGGCUUAUUUCUGUCUCCAAACCUUGGGACAACAGGGCAGGUGGAUCUUUCUCGCUCACUAGGUGCUUAUUCCUCCAGGGCUGGGCAAACAGGCAUGGGCUGAUUUCCCUCAACAUGCACGUUAAGCCAUUAGUGAGCGGCAUCUGAGUAAGAUGACAGGGAAGAAGGAAGUGCCAUGAGUCUCCUCUAACAGGCCUUACACUAGAAGGACAAGUGCUAUGGCCUUACAGCACAGUUAAGAGGCAGGGGCUGUGCUUUUGUGGCUGCUGCAGACUGCUAGGAUGACUGAGUAUGGUUGUUUCACACCAUAGAUUCCUUGAUCUGGGUAGGAAGCCUACAUCCCAAGUGACUGUCAGGAAAGAAAUGGGGGAUUGACUCCCUCUGGGCCAUGGCAACCCUACCACCUCUCCAUACUAUGAAUUCCAGCAGUUCAGACUGUGUGGCACAGAACUAGGACUGGCUGGAGCGGGUGUGGAAGAGAAAAGGUUGGCACAACAAGCUCUGUUUCCCAACACAUCAUCGCCAGCUUGUAACCACCACUCUUCCCCCUGUCACAAGCUGGUGUGCUCAUAGGCUGCAAGUGAAGAAGGAUGCAGUCUGUAUGACUAACUUUAUUCUUGUGUCAUGAGCAAGCUGCUUAUGGAAAUGCCUGGGAGCGAGGGCUUGGCUUGUGUGCUGAGUCGCUCUACAGCAGGUGGAAUUGAGUUUCAUUGACAGGAACUGCAUGCAGGCCUGGAGGGCUGGGCUGACAUGUUUACCCACAUGGACUGUGCACCUGUUUUUGAACAGUGACUGGCUGCUUUUGGUGGGAAGGCCUUUCUGCAGUGGGGUUUCUGCUAUGACUGAAUGCUUUUACUUUCUGGUCUCUCUUUCAGGGUUAUUUUCCAUCCCCAUCCCCCUUUUCUCUCGUUAGAUUAAGUUCAGUUCUUAAACAGACUUCUGUAUAUUUUUGGUGCAAAAUCUGCACAUGGAAAAGGACUUCAAAAUAGACUCUGUGUGAAAUCUGCUGUAUUAAUGGGAAAUAAAAAGAUUUCUUCCCUAAAGUGUAUCUUUUAAGAAUCAGAACCAGUUUGAAAUGGCAUGAGAGCCUUGUGCCAUACCAUACCCUAGCACCUCAUAUAAGCUUAACUUCCCUCUGCUGGGAACUUCAGCCUUUAUCAUUUGGUUUUCAGCCUAAAGGAGCUGUGUUCAGAUGUUGACCAGCUCAGCCACCUGAUUUGGAGAGAAGCCGAAUUCUGUAAUCCACAUUUCUUUUUCAAAUUUGUACAGAUGUGCUCAUUUUGUAUCAUUUGUUCUUCUUCAGCUAUUUGUGGCGAGGACAUUGAAUCCUUGCUCUUUGCUUCUUGGACAUACUUACUUGCACAGUUUUAAGCCUGUCACCUCAGUCUUAAAGGCUCACUCUGGACUUGUAAAGUUUGAUCAUGGAAUGCCCACAGUUUGGGUCAGAGAAGUGACCUGCUUCACGAACUAUACAGGGGGUAACCAAAGUGGGAUUUGUGGAAGCUUUUGCUCCUGCUAAAACGCUUAACCCUCUUCAUCUCCCAUAUAAGAAAACAGCUUGAUACUUUUGUCUGUUGCUUUAUGCAGCUCACCCUCCGGGCUUGGUGCAGGAAGAAGAGCAGCAAUAACAAUUUCCAGUCAUCCUGGCUUCUGUUCUUCUGUCUCAAUUCCUGUUUCAGUGCCAGGAACUUCCAGGGAGAUCUUAAGAUAUGACUCUGCCUACCCACACUGGGCCCUCUCUCUCUCUGCUUGUUGUGGAGCAGUGAUGGAUCAGAACUGAUCGCUGCAGCAGCUAGAACAAAAUAUUCCUUAGGAGGGGAGGGUUUAGAGUUGCGGCAAACACUAACCAGCCCUGGAGACUAUCACCUCUCCCUGCUGCUUGGCAGGGUCGGCAUGAACUCAAACUGUGAACUGCUAAGUUUUGUGGCCAGGUCUGGUGUUUAUAGUCCCCACUUCCUCUUCCUUCAACCUGCUCUUUUUUCACAGGGGCCUCUAUAACGGCAGUCACAUGAUCACAGAGCUGGAUUCCGCUGCUGCCUAGAGAAAAAAAAUAGUAGCAUGGCAUGCAGCAAAGCAGCAGCUGCAGGGCAGGUGAAUGCCCAGUUUGAGGACUGGGUAAUGCUCUUGUCACUAACUCGGAAUCUGUCUUGGGUGGGGAUGGGCUGUGCCCCUCUCUUCUCCCAACAAUCCAGACUCUGCUCCUACUACGUGGAAUUAGGGUACUUGUUCCAUUCCAGUAGAAAAGAGCAAGA